CUAGCAUUGAGAGAGAUAGGAGACGUCUUAGAAGACUAGUUGACCUCGUAAGUUGCUAAUUGAUAUAGGAAAUACUCUACCGACGAUCGGGGUUGCAUGUUACCAUAAAGGUCUGGAGAGUUGCAUUGGUUUGAGUCAGGUUUGCUUGGGGACAAGCAAACAGUUAAGUGUGGGGGAGUUUGAUAACACUGAAUUUGCACAUGUUUUUACCCCUCAUUUCUUGAUUGUUUAGCUUGGUAUUUAUCAUAAUUUGGCCUAUUUUAUGCUAGGUUGUGUUCAUUUAUCAAAUUUCAGGUCCUAGCAUGUAAAGUGAAGCAUAGACGCAAGUUUCAAGUCAAUCGGAGAUCAAUUGGCGACUCAGGAGAAGAAACUCGGGCAUGACCUUAAGAAUAAUGGAUUUAUACCUCAUUUAUGGACAAAUAAUCAUUCAAGCUUGUCAUGAAAAGAUAGAGGACGAUACUACAAGCGUUUGGGAUCAAACGACGACUGAUUCGGAGUCCGCACGAGGGAGAAACGAAGCAUUAAAUAUAGUAAACAAGUUCGGCGGAAGAAACACGAGCAGACUACCCUAAAAACACGACUGUGUUUCAUCUGGCACCUACCAGUGUUUUUUAUGGCGAGCCUCUCUUGUGAAGACUACUGAAUGGAUUCAAAACACGGGCGGGACCAAAACACGGGUAGGACCAAAACACGGGUAGGACUAAACACGACCGUGUUCCCGACCGUGUUUCUGCCCCCUGCUCGGGUAUAAGUCUAUUUUCUGCAAUUUUUUAGAGGAGAGAGCUGGAUUUUGGAUCCCAAACACCCAAGGGACGAACCAAAGAGAGAGAGGGAGAUUUGAGGGCACUCUUUGAGUGGAAUUGGAGGAUUUCUUUGCCUUGGAAGCUCGAGGAACAAGUCCGGACUUGAAUACUGAUCAUCUAAAGAUUCUUACUGCAGUCUCACUUCUCCAUGGAGUAAAUUCCCUUCACUUAGGUUUUGAGGAACCCUAGCCAUGUUUGUUUGAUUGGAUGAUUGUAUGAGUACUCUUACUUGAAAAUCUUGAGUUCAUAUUCAAUCUAUGCAUGUUUUCAUGAUUCAAUUCUGCUUUAGUCGAGAUUAUUGAUUCUGCUUUGAUCCUAUGAGAGCGAAUACCUGAUUAGGUCAAUAGAGCACCAUAUAUUGAUAGUAUUGGAUCGAUUGCUUUAGUCGAGAGUUGAUUCAAUGCUUUGUAUCGAUUAAGAACCUCAUUCGAUAUAGGGAGUCUAGUUCAGAACGCCUUGAUCGAUUGUUCUAGAGAAGGAUACGUCCCUCUAGGCAAUUGACUCAAGAGAGCCUUGUUCCUUUAGUCGAGACUCAAGGUCUAGUUAAGGAUUCUCCGCAUUGUGCAUGAAAGUGAAACAUGUUAGAGAUCAUCAAUCAUUAAUCUGGCUAGUGGCUAGGGGGAAUCAUACCUAAGUGAGUUCCCAACCUGUAAUUAGAUUAACUUUAACUGUAGUUUGCUAGAGUAGUUUUAGUUGUUCUAUCUUAAUCUGGUUUGCUAGAUAAUGAAUUGAAGCUGAGUAAUAGUAACUCUAGAGACCCGUGGAUUCGAUAUUUAUUACUUGAGCCACUAUACUGUAGUCCAUUUCAUUGGUUACACUUGGCCGUUGUUGGAAGUUGUGUCAUAACUUGUCAUUCCUCAUCCAAUCAAGGGAGGAAUGACUGAACCAUAAAUCGUGAGGGAAAUGGCUCAAUGGGAUCAUAGAAGCAUGAAGAAAUAUCCUUGCACAGUGGCAUCCUUCUUUGAAACUCCGGGAUUCUGAGGUUUGGAUUUUCCAGAAAGUCUACUUCAAGUAGUCUCCUUGCUAAGGAGCCUGUAAAUCAGAACCACCACAUUGGGCAUUCCGUACUGGCUAUGCAAGCAACUACAAGUGAUUUGAUAGCAGAAUUAUAGAGAUUAGAGUGGAAAAGUUCAUGUUUGUGAAACUAUACCGUAGUAGCGAUCCGGCGAAAACCCGAUACCAGAGAUUUUUAACGGCAUAAAACAACUGAAACAACACAAAAUACUCUAUUGUUGACUUUUCCGAGACAAAUUUCGGUAAUGUUUUAGUGAAACAAAAAUUCAAUGACUUAAAGUAAUAAACACGCCACAGUUGUGGGCUUGUGGCUCAGAUUACAAAAGUUAAUAUAUUUGUAUGACUUGAACUUUUCACACAAUAAACAAUUAUGAAUUACCCCAAAGUAAAAAAAUGGACAAUAUGGUGGAUUUCUCGCAAGCUUGCAAGUUGCAAGUAGGGAUGGCAAUUUGAACCCGUCCCGCCGGGUAAUACCCGACCUGACCCGCGAUGGGGCGGGUAUUACCCGACCCGCAUUAGCGUGGGGCGGGGUAUGUGUAUCAACUUCCGACCCCCCCCCCCCUUCUUACCCCGUUUUAUGUCAAUUUUUUACCCCAUCCAUUCAUAUAUCUCCUAUUUUGACUUUUAUUCAACUAUUUAGAUUUGAUCUUUCAACUAAAUAGACUCAAUUACUUAUUAUAUUAUCACUAUUAUUCAUUCAUCAAGUAUUUUCCCUAUCUUUUUAUCAUAAAAGGUUAAAUUGUGCGUGUAUUUUUCUCAAAUAGCAUGUAAGAGUGGGUCGACCUGCCCCGCCCCAUUCCCGCACGAAUAUUACCCGCCCGACCCGUACUAGCGUGGGGCGGGGCAUGGGUAUUGAGGUACCCAACCCAUUGCCAUCACUAGUUGCAAGCAAACCCUUUGCCCUCUUCUCUUCUUCACUUGUCGCUUCACUUGCUCGCAAGGCAGAGUCCAGUUCACCAUCCGCUAACUCCAUUUUCUGCUCCGUUGGUAAGGGUAAGGCGACGAGACUUGAGACUACUCUUGCCUGACGUUUUCCCGGCUUUAACGAAUUUACACAUCUUCUCUUCGCGCAGGGAGAAGUACCUGCUAGUUUCAUGGCACAAAUGGCGAGUGUGCCUGAGGAUCCGCCGGUGAGGAAGGAGACGAAGAAAUUCACAUGGAAGAUCUCGCAAUUUUCAAAGCGGACUGAGCGGGAACUUUUGUCCGACACUUUUUCGGUGGGAGGCCACAACUGGUAGUAACUCGAAAACAAUUUUGUACUCUCUUCUUCGAUAGCUCUUUGUCUUGGCUUGCUUGCUUCUGAACUAUUGCGCUUAACGCAGGAGGAUCGUAUUUAAUCCAAAUUGUAGAUUGUAUUUCAAGCAUCUAGCCAUGAGUUUGGAAAUUGCUGAUUGGGAAACAAAUGGAGUGUGGCAGCUGAGUUUACCUUGACCCUUGUCGACCAAUACGAUGGUUCCCUAUCUGUGCGACAAUGUAAGGGUUGUUUCCUGAUUCCUGAAAAUCUCCAUACAUGGUUGCAAUGAGAGUGAAUUGUUUCACCUUCCCCGAGUGGUUACAUACUGAAUCCGAGCAGGCAUUCUAGUUCUCUGCAUUUCUCAUUUCCCUGCGAAACAAACCUCGCCCGCAGGUGGCGCACAUAACUUUGACUACCUGGACUACGAAUCGGAGUUCCCACGUUUUGUUCUGAGUGCAGACUUUCGAGAACGUGCUUCUAGAUACAUUGUUCGUGAUACAGUCAUUAUGGAAGCAGAAGUUUCUACUGAAGUAGCUGCAUCAGAGGCUACUAAUAGCGAACCAAGGCUGGCUAAGACUGAAGAGCCCCUUUCACUCCAGAAUCAGGAGGUUCAGGCAGACAGCCCCUUUCCUCCAUCAAGUGCGCAGUUGACAUCGAGAAAACUGAUAGCUGAACUCUCCACAAUGACCAGCAAUUGCAAGUCUCCUUCAAAUGAUCGAAUCUCUUCAAAUGCAGACCAUGGUUGUGGUGUGGUGCAACAACAGAGGGAGAAAAUGGUUGAAUUCUUUGGUAUGUCACUCGAGGCCAUCUGCCAAACCAUAUCACUCGAUGAAGUUGAGAGCACUGCGCUCAAACUGACUGAGCAUUCAACUGAUCCAGAAGAGAAGACAAUCCUGAAAGCCUUGGUCUCACGUCUGGCUGAGUUUAAGCAGGUCAUCCCUAGCUCUCUGGCCACUAAUGAAACCAGCAAUGCUGCCAAAUCACUAAUGCCUCAGAUUACAAAAGACAUGGAAGUGAAACUGGUGCAAAGGAAGAGAAAAUUGAGCUCUUUGGAGGUUGAGGUUUCAAGACUCGGGGAAGAAGGCAUGAAGCUUGAGGCUGAAAUUCAGCAACUGUCCGCUCGCAAGGCUAAACUUAUUGAUAAGAGGAAUUCAGCUGUGGUCAAACUGGAGAAGGCUAAUAAAGAGGCUUCCAAGGAACUGGAAGAGUUCAAGAAGCAAUGUGAUGAGAACAAGCAGGUGAUUGAGAACGGUCUGAAAGCCAAGGAGAGAUUGGCUCAGUCCAAUGCCAGUUGGAAGCUUUUCAAGGAGAAUCUAGGGUGGUAGUGGUAGUAGUAGAGUAGUAGGAGUCUCUUCUCCCUUUGAUGGAUCACUGAUGCAAGUAAUGGCAUGUGUUUGGUUCCUUGGUGAGGUCCUCUUUGUGGUUUUAGGGUGGUAGGAGUAGUAGUAGUCUCUUUAUUGCCUUGAUGGAUCACCGAUGCAAGUAAUGUCCUGCUUUUAGUUUGCUUGCGAGGACCUUUUGAGGAGGCUUUUAGGUAGCCGUAGCAAAAACUUCCUUCGCUUUGAUGUUACACUGAUGUAAGUAAUGUCCUGCCUUUGAUCCAUUAGUGAGGACCUUUUUGGGAUUUUUUAGGGAGUAGGACUGUAGGAGUUGUUAUAGUCUCUUGCUUUGAUGGAUUACUAAUGCAAGUGAAGUCCUUUUAUGAGGCCUAGUCGUCACGAUUUACAUUUGCAUUUCGGCAUAUAACGUAUUGGUUUCUUGUUCAGAAUUUGCCACGGAGUGAAUGUCUGUGGAUCCUCCUCCAAUUAAGGUGGGAAGCAAUGAGCCGGAGACUCGCGAGAGAGAAGUUGGUCAAUGGGUGAGGGAACAUCAUCACAAACUGAAGGUUGUAACAGGUCACUUUAGUGGCCCUAUUCUGCGGUGCCCUCUCUUUCUGCAGCUUUGCAGCCGCAAGUUUCGAACUUAGGAUUCUGUGUUUGGAAGUUUUCAAAGUGAUUCCUUCAAGUAGGCGGUAGUGCAGAAUCAGCACGCAUGUGUCCUUACUGCCUAUGCAAAGCAACUUGAAUAAAAUUUAUAGCAGAUCUUCGCAAUGUGACUCUGCGAAUGAAGAAUGCCAGAAGAUGAGGUUGGACUUAAGAAACAAAAGAUGCGAGGAUUUUAGAUGUACAAGAGAGGAUUGUUAGUUUGGAGUGGUUAAUGAUUAAUGAGAUAUAAUGGAACAUCAUCUGAUAGGGUUACUUGGGUCAAGUUUAGAGCUCAUUGGGCGCUUAGUCACGAUACAGUAAGCAUCAUGAAUCUCAUGGGUCAACUAAAAUUGUAAAGGAAAAAUAGUUCAAUCUCGUGAAAUGCUAAUUACCGGUAGUUAAGGGGGAGAAAUAUGAGGAUAUCUCCUCAAUUAUGAUCAGGCUGAGAGUGUUAAGUGUCCCUGCUUUAACUAUAGUCCCCACCUUCCAAGUUCCAUCCAUAAGUUGAUACGUCUUAGGUAUCUUGAUCUCUCUGGUAACCCAGUGCAGAUGUUGCCUAAUGAGAUCACAAGACCGAUAAACUUGCAAGUACUCGUAUUAAAUGGUUGUUCCAAGCUUCGGCGACUGCCAAGAGACACUAAAAGGCUGUCCAAUCUCGAGUUUCUUAGCCUUCUUCACCGUACGAGCUUGAGAGGCCUACCGGUUGGGGUUGGCCAACGCACUUGCUUGAAAGACUUGACCAAUUUCGUAGUGGCAGCAACCGCAGUGCAGUCAAGCUAGGAAGCAGUAGUGGCAACUCACUUAAUGAUUUCUCUUAAAAAAUUGGGGUUGGAUUACUCUACCCAGCAAGAGCUAAUCUUCCUGGCUCAUGUCCCUCGGCAAGAAGUGUUGUCCCAACCUGAUAAGCUGGUGGUCGACUACAACGAAAGAGAUGCCGCUAUUCCCUUGUCUUUCUGAUCUAGAGGUUGCUGAAUGCCCAAAAUGUUAUCGGUUCCUCGUGUUUUAGUUCCUGUCCACAGGGUUUAGCUAACCUAAGUGAUCUGUCUACCAGAGGGAGGAGAAGAAGAAGAAAAAGAAAACACUGAAGAUGUAUGCAAGUUGAAAGUUGUUCCCUAUUAAUUCUCUUAUUGAGAAAAUUUUGACAGUAAGUAUUUGUAAACUCUGUAUAGAUAGCCGAUGAGAACUUUGUCACUUGCCAUCGCUGCUGAUUAACUAAAGGUUUUGUAUCUUG